AAAGGCUAAAGAAGAAGGAAAGGAAGUGUAAGGAAAGAAGGGAGGAAAGAAAAAGGAGCAACGAGGAAAGGAGGAAGGAGAGAGUAGAGCAAGGAAAGAAGGGAGGAAAGAGAAAGGAGGAUCAGUGAAAGGAGGGAGGCAAAAGAGAAGGGCCAGGCAAGGCAGCCUCUGGUCCCUGGUGGUCUCCAACCUCCAAGGCUCUCCCUGCCUCCUGGCCACGGUGCCCUGGCCCCAACGGCGAAGGGGAAGGGCAGAGGCAGAAGGCGGCACCAGUGGGGCCUGGUCAUCGGUGGGCGCCGCCUCACCUUCCCCCCUGUCAGCUGCCGGGCCUAGCGCCUUCGUCCCCGGGGCCCUGGCGGCGAUGGCGGCCAUACGUAAGAAGCUGGUGGUGGUGGGCGACGGGGCAUGUGGGAAGACAUGCCUGUUGAUCGUGUUCAGCAAGGACGAGUUCCCGGAGGUGUACGUGCCGACAGUCUUUGAGAACUACGUGGCCGACAUUGAGGUGGACAGCAAGCAAGUGGAGCUGGCCCUGUGGGACACAGCCGGCCAGGAGGACUAUGACCGGCUCCGGCCCUUGUCCUACCCGGACACGGACGUCAUCCUCAUGUGCUUCUCGGUGGACAGCCCGGACUCCCUGGAGAACAUCCCGGAGAAGUGGGUGCCCGAGGUGAAGCACUUCUGCCCCAAUGUGCCCAUCAUCCUGGUGGCCAACAAGAAAGACCUCCGCAACGAUGAGCACGUCCGCAAUGAGCUGGCCCGCAUGAAGCAGGAGCCUGUCCGCACCGAGGACGGCCGUGCCAUGGCCCUCCGCAUUCAGGCCUACGACUACCUCGAGUGUUCGGCCAAGACUAAGGAUGGCGUCCGUGAGGUCUUCGAGACCGCUACCCGCGCCGCCCUCCAGAAGCGCCACGGUGCCCAGGGCGGCUGCCUCAGCUGCUGCAAGGUCCUCUGAGGGACCCCAGGAUGGAGGAGAAGAGGGCUGGGGGGCUCUGCUGGGGAAGACUGAUCCACACUCCUGUCCAGGGACCUUGGUGCCUUCUCUUGCCUUCUCUUGGCCCAAGAUGGCAUCUCCCACCCAUGGACCCCAUCUCCUUUGGAUGUCUCCUCCUGUCUUCCCUGCAAGGGAGGACUUGGCUUGCUCAGAUCUUCUGGCAUCCUACCCUGAGCUCAAGGGAAGAGAGCACUCCCCACUCACCACCUCCAACCCACCAGGGAGAUAACUUAGGAGACUGGCAUGUUGGUUGUGACUGGCAUGAUGGCCAUGAUGAUCCUCAAGUGAGAACUUUUGAGACUGGUGUGGUGAUGGUGAGGCUCAAAAGGAGGACUUAGUAGACUGUCAUGAUAUUGGUGAGGCUCAAAGGAUAACUUAUGAGACUGUCAUGGUGGCCAUGAUGAUCCUCAAGUGAGAACUUAUGAGAUUGGCAUGAUGGUCAUGAUGCUCAAGGAGAACUUAUGAGAUUGGCAUGAUAGUGGUGAUGCUCAAAGGAGAACUUUCGAGAUUGGCAUGAUGGUCAUGAUGCUCAAAGGAGAACUUAUGAGACUGCCAGGAUGGCAGCGAUGCUGAAAAGGAGAACUUAGGAGACUGGUAUGAUGGGGAUGCUGAAAAGGAGAACCUAGACUGGCAUGAUGGUGGGGAUGCUCAAAAAGAAAACUUAGGAGACUGGCAGAAUGGUGGUGAUGCUCUCUGCCUUUUCCACUUCCAGAGCCUUAACCCCCACCUUCAUCUCUAGGAAGAGAGACACUUGGAUUUGCUUCCCUGGGGUGGGUCUUCUCAUAUAGAGCUUCUCCUGAUAGGUCUUGGUCUUUGCUUCCCUUUCUCAUGGGGAGGGAAGGGAUCCUUUUCCCUCUCUGGCUGGGAAGGACUGGUUGCCUGGACUUGCAGUGGUUUCCAAACUUUGGUCCUCCAGAUAUUUUGGGCUCCUGCUCCCAGGAUUCCUGAGCGUUGGCCAAGCUGGCUGGGGGUUGAAGUCUAAAAUCCCCAGCGGAGCAAAGUUUGAGACUCACUGGAGGAUUUCCAAGGGAGGCUGGGGUGGGGGUGGGCAGAAAUGGAGAUAAUCCAGGGAAAGGGGGUCUCUGGCUGUGUGUGUGUGUGUGUACAUAUAAAAAUAUUCUUUUGAGCUGGGAUAUUGGUACAGCGUGGCUUAUUUAACACUGGACUGGGCCCCAAAGUCUCUUGGGAGGACUUUGACGUCCAUUCUGAAGCAAGGGAAUGUGUAACAAGGGGGUCCUGCCUUGGGUAUUGGGGUACAAAAAGAUUUAUUCCUGGGGUGGAUCUUCUAAUAAGGAGAUUCUCAUGAAUUCCUGGGGUGGGCUAGAGGAGAGUGGGAAAACGGGGGUGGACAGGGAAAAUGGGUUGAUGGUUUUCUUGAUUUCCAGUGCCUGUUCUGGUUUGAUUCCCCCCUUCCCACAUUUCAGUUUUAUUAAUUUAACUAAAUGAUCUACCUUUGCCAACAAACAAACAAACAAAGUACUGAAAACCUACUUUGCACAGUUAGGGUGUUCUGCUUGGACACUUUAUAGGCACUUUGAGCCUGCAAUUCUGACACUGUAGCAUUUCAAAAACCCUUGAAUUGGGACCUGUGUCGGGCGCAAUCCAGCUAAGCACUUUCCCGUGGAACCCGUUUUCAAUGACAUAAUCCCAUUGGCUUCCAGAUCGGAGCCUGUGAAAUGUGUAUUCACUAGUUGAUCAUCGGUGGGACUCUAGGAUGCUUAAACUUGGGCUGGGUUGUGCUUUUUUCGUUCUGUAGGAUCGACUGCAGAAGCAAAACCACUAUAAUUGUCUCUUUUGUUCCUUGAUCAAGUGGAAAACACUGUCUUUAUUUGUGAUGUUGUUUUUUAUAAGUGCUAAGUUGCCGUCUCUGGGAACAGUUGUACACUUUAUUUUCAGAGGUUAACUUUUCUGGGCCUGUGUGAGAAUAAUGUGCUUCUCUGUUUCAGAGAAACUGAUUUAAUACCCUUUGCUCUCCCCCAUUUUUUUUGUAAACCAGUGGUACUAAGAUCUUUAUUUAAAAACAAAACCACAACACUACAUUGACCUGCCAAGAAGAGAAGAUGUGAAGUUUACAUGAAAUUAUAUAAGCUGUGUAUGCAGCAUGAUUUUUUUUUUUUGUAAAGUAUUAAAAUAUUCUGUGAUUACA